CUCACUAUUAAAAAUGUAAUCUCAGUGAAGCAAAAGCAAAUCAUUAGCAAAAGAAGACCCCCAAAGAUUAAUAGUUCAGCUGAAACAUUUUCUUUUGAAGAGGAUUUUGACAUCAUUACAAUGGAACUUUUUGUUUCAGAUUCUAUGGACUAUGAUGUGACAUUAAAAUCAGUGGCCUUUGACCUUUAUGCAAAGCCCGGUAAUAACAGGACAUUGACGCUAAUGAAUCCCAAGAAAUCUUUCUAUCAGUGGCGGCUGCGAGUGCCAUCUGACUAUGUGGUGAGGCUGGUCGUUGUUACAGCGCAUGAGAUAUCUCCUGGGAGCUGCACAUCUCACAGGCUGUCUGCCUAUGAUUUCCUUCUCCCCCUGCAGAACAAGAUCAUUACAAGAUGGUGUGGAAUGUCUGGGGCCUGGACCUCCCCAUUUAUACGCUUAACUUCAUCAAGCAAUGUAAUGUUGGUCACUUUCUCACUGGACCGAAGAAAAGAGACCAAUGUACUGAAAGCGUAUUUCCAAGCUGUUCCUAAAAUUGUAUGUGGUGGCCAUUACAUCUCUUGGAAUGGGACUGUGACUUCUCCUUAUUACCCAAGUUACUAUCCACCCAAUAUUGAUUGCCACUGGAUUAUCAGGGCACCACUACCUGGAUACAGAUUGUUAUUCAAACUUCUUGUAAUACAAGUUCAGGAACAAUCUCUAGGAUCCAAUAAAUGUGAUAAAGACUGGCUGGAAAUUGAUGGGGUCAGGUACUGUAAACCAGUUUCAGAAGGCAACAGGGUCAAGGAAUAUGGCUAUUCAGUUGCAAUCAGUUUCCAUUCAGAUGAACUGGUCACACACAGAGGAUUUUAUAUUGAAUUCAGAGCAUUCAGCCACACUGACCCUUGUCCUAGGCAAUUUAAAUGUUCUGACAGAACAUGUGUUCCUUUAAACAGCAAGUGUGAUGGGUGGAAAGACUGCACAGAUGGAAGUGAUGAAGUAGACUGUGGUUGUAAUCCAGUGGAGUCAAAUUGUGGCAAUGGGAAGUGUAGGCACCAUUCCAGGACCUGCAAAGGGGAUGAGAGCUGUGACAGUGACAGCCAGGAGGAGGGCAGUUGCUUGUACAAAAGUUGCUCACAGCACGCAUAUAAAUGCCUAAAUGGGAAGUGCCCAAUGAAAAUAAACCCAGAAUGUGAUGGAGUAAGAGAUUGUGCAGAUGGAUCGGAUGAAAUGAACUGUGCCUGUGGAAGGAGUCAGGUAAAGAAAACCAGAAUUGUUGGUGGUGAAGAGGCCAGGUCUGGAAAGUGGCCUUGGCAAGCAAGCUUGCAGCUUGGAACAUAUGGCCAUAUCUGUGGGGCAUCCAUUAUUUCAAAUAGGUGGCUGGUAUCUGCUGCCCAUUGCUUUCUGGACUCUGAUUCUAUAAGAUACUCUAUAGCAUCCGGCUGGACAGCAUAUAUGGGUAUAAGGAUCAUUAACAAAAACAACUAUAACCAUAUAGCCAUGCGAUCGAUCAAAAGGAUUAUUGUCCAUCCACAUUACGACCGAUAUAUCUCAGACUAUGACAUUGCCCUGUUGGAAAUGGAGGCACCAGUAUUCUUCAAUGAGCUGGUCAGCUUGCCAAAACUCUACAGGAAGCUAAAGUGAAAAUAAUUAAUCAAAGUCUUUGUAGCAAGCUUUACGAUGAUUUGAUUACUUCUCGGAUGCUGUGUGCUGGAAACCUGAAUGGCGGUAUUGACGCAUGUCAGGGUGAUUCCGGAGGUCCAUUAGCCUGCUUAGGAAAGGGGAACAGAUGGUACCUUACAGGCAUCGUCAGUUGGGGUGAAGGAUGCGCGCGAAGAAACCGCCCUGGAGUUU